CCAACACGGAGAUAACAUCAUGGAACGAGGGGCUGUAAUACAGAUUAAAACUCGUUUGUUUAUGUGUCGUUUUAACUUAGGUGUAUCCAGUUAAGAAGUUUGUUUGUUCUAGUUAAGAUGCGUUGUAAUGACGUAUAAAACCGACAGCAACAACGAUCCUUAUGAUAAUGCGCGUAUUUUUAAACACAAGAGGAUCCAAAUGUGGGUGUGAUCAGAUGCGAAAGCAUAUUGGAAAGUAACUGUAUUCCGUGUACAUUAGUAAUUUUAUUACCUCGCCAGCUGAAACCGUGAACAUCGUUUAUAGGGAAUGGCCAUCUAUAAUUGCUUUGAAUUACAUGAAUGCCCAGAUCGGGGCUACCGAUCAUAAACUAUAUCGGAUACGAACGGGGACACUUCAAAUAUUGAUUAAGUUUUCUCUUAGACUCUGACUGAGUUCGUAGCUAAUCUGGGAGGAAGCAGAUCUUCUCAUGGAAGAACAGGGUUUAAUGGAGAGGCUUUCGAAUGACAGCUGGGACAGUGGUCAUCACAGGUGGAAUUUUAGCUACAGUCAUCUUACUGUGCAUCAUCAUAGUGCUCUGCUACUGUCGCCUGCAGUAUUACUGUUGUAAGCGGGAGGAGUUGGAGUCAGACUCAGAGUCGGACUCAGAGGAAGAGGAGGUGCACGAGGGAGACGUCUUCGGCAUGACCCCCCACCUGCCACUCGAUGCCGUGGCGGCUUGCACGGCCAAUGGGCCUUGCGUCUACCCAUCAGAGAUGCCGCCCAGACUGGCGCGGUCCCACACUUUCUGCCCAUCCUGUGCCCACCACGAGCUGCCCUUCCUGAUGCCACGCCCGCACAGGCUUUACAAUGGCGCAGACUGGGCCGGUCAUAGGACCGUGUCGCGCUGGGGCCCCAGGAUGGCUCCAGACAAGCUGCAGCUAACCCGCUCCGUGACCAUGAAGGAGAUGUUUACAUAUGGAAACAGCAUCAGUACCGACGUCUAGUGCUCUUUCCGCACUGUCUCUCCCCCCCCCCCCUCAAAAAACACAGUUCAAGCAUCCUUACAUGUCAUCCUGCCCCCUGAAUAUACACAAAAAAACAGUCAAGCAGAUGUUUCUGUAAGUGGGCCUACUUAGACUCACUCGCUAGCUGAUGUUUUUCUAAGAAUUUGUUCCUGGAUUUCCUGGUGAAACUCUGGCAACAUUGCAGUUCUCAUCUGUCUUUCUAGUCGAGUAUUUCCUUCAAAUUUUUCAGAUGUUUGGGUUCCUAUCUUCAUUCUGUGCUGCUAAUGGUCUCAGGGGAAAUGGACAAAGGAUUAAAAGUGAGAAAAAUGUGUCAAACCCUGCUUCUUAUCCCUGACUCCUAUAAAAUACCCAAUCUGAGCUCACUGUAGCCUUUGGCUGCUGGUGCUGCAUCCAGUGUUAUGCAUCGCUGGCCAGUGGAACAGAAUUCUGCUUGCCUGGUGCACAAUUACUGCACAUCGGAGUCAACGUCUUUGAUUGUAUGUUUCUAAUGUAAAUAUUUCUACCGCCUGUAGCAUAAUGUAUAAACGGAAGGACUAUGCACGAUCCUGAGUUGUCAUGUACCGGUGGGCGUGUGAUGUGAAAAUGUACUCUGACCUUUGGUGGAAGCGGGACCAAGUGAGCACACUGAGUGUGAGGCUCACCACCUGGGUGACACAUCUCCUCCAUGACCUGCAAGAGUGGACAAUACCAAACGAGAACUAUCAUCACUGAUAAUUCGGACAGAAGGGGAAAAAAAACCCUCUACUUUUGAUGAAGUACUUUAAGAAAACCUAAAUCAAUUAUGAGCUAUUUUAGGCACAAUAACAAUGGUAUUUUUUACACUUAGCUAAAUUGCGUAUUUUUUUACUUUCGAUUAAUAAGAGUCAGUUAUAAGUGACAGUUAAGCUCUUCGCAGUACCAUGAUCAGUUUAUCAUCAUUUGGUUCGGUGGACUGUGCUCUUUCUCUGUGAUUGUUCUGUGCUCGCAAAGCAUCAUGGGACUGGAAAUGGUUGCUACAUCCUGCGCUUAGCAGUGUAGGACUAGGCCCCUGGCCAGUUGCAUCUACUUUUCCCAGUUUAUUUACUUGAACUGGGUGGAUGCGUGUUGCACACCUGCAGGAUCAUACCAUUCUUUGCCAGCCUCAAAAUUUGAUUUGCCUUAUUUUUCACAGUGAAGAGUUGGAGAGGCUGACAGACGGGAAUUUUGGAAACGGAUUCUGGUGUCAGGGGGAGCUGCAGCUUCUUUCUGAGGACUGAAUUCUUGAUAUUCUUCCCGCCAUUAUUUUAUUGCUUUUACUUAAAAUUUCGAUUGUUGUUUCACCCUGAACUGGUGAAAUGCUGCACGGCAUGAACACUGUAAUGCUAAAGCUAGUGUUCUUCUGCGCUUGUUUUUAAAUGCUGUUCUGUCGUACUUGCCGCAUGUCUGAGUACAGCUCAUAGCAGUACUUAGUGGCUGCUUGGGGCCUCAUGACCACUAGAGGGCCCCAUAUCACCAUCACGUGGAAGUCUACAGUACUGGUUUUGAAUUUGGUUUUCAUGAUAUUAUGACAAUGGCCUGUAUUUUGGUUAACAUUUAUGUGAAAAAUAUGGAGAACAUGUGUCUCAAAGCUUGAUUCAUCUGAUCCCAGAAAAUAUUUGCUGACUAGUCAAUGGCACCAUAGUUAUUUCUGUGCAUGCAAAAAUAUGACCUUCGUUUUGCCAGAUGCCGUCUCUGAGAACUUGGUUAUUUGGUAAGGCACCGUAUCCCAGCUAGAUGUGCAGGGUGGAUGAUAACUAGCUGGAAAAGCUGGGAUUUUGCUUCUGUUGUCCUACUAAACAGAACAGAUGGUCAAAACCAUCCUAUGGAAAAAACAAAUGUUCAUGCAGGUGAGCUUGCAUCUUGAAAACACUCAUCAUCCUGCUCAAAAAGCUAAGCUAUGAAAAAGGGCACGUUUGUGAAUAUCAGUGUUACUGUAAUACACCAUUUAUUAGCCUAAAUGUAACCACUUUAAUUGUGUGCAUCAUCAUCAUCCUCAUUACUGCUGCGAUUUUAGGGGGUAAAAAGGAGAAACUGUAUGUGACUAAACAGAAGGUGUCUGAUCAACUCUAUGUCCUUCAUUAAUCUUGAAAUGUUCUGUAUAUUAUACAGAUCUUUACACAUCCCUACUGAAUCGAUAAAAGAUAUGUAUUACUUAUUUGGUAUUAAACAUUGCAGUUUGAUCAUUUUCAAGAGCCUUACUAGACGAUGCUAUUUUAU